AUGACUAGAAAACAUAUUAUUGAAACAGACAAAGACAAAAUUGUUAAAGUAAUCAAUGACUUGGAUGAAAAAAUGAAAGAUGCUAUACAAGAGGCAUAUGAAUUUGUCAAUGUUAAAUUUGGAUCGAUUUUUAGCUCAUUACAUCCAGGAGCAUCUGCAAAAUUAGUUCCUUAUGAUGGACGUUCUAUUUUCAAUGGAAUAGAAGCACGAGUCAGAUUAGGAGAUAUGUGGAAAGAGUCAUUAAUAGAAUUGUCUGGUGGACAAAAGUCAUUAUUAGCACUGUCACUUAUUCUUGCUAUUUUAUUGUACAAACCAUCACCACUUUAUAUUCUUGAUGAAGUUGAUGCUGCUUUGGAUGUAUCUAAUACACAAAAUUUUGGAGGUAUGUUGAGAGAACAUUUUAAAGCAUCACAAUUUAUUGUUGUAUCGUUAAAAUCUGGAAUGUUUGAUAAUGCUAACAUUUUGUUUAAUACCAAAGUUAUCAACAACAUCAGUAGUGUUACUAGAACAAUUGGAACAGCACUAAAACAUAAAAAGAACAAAGAAAUGGAAGAAGGGGAUUGA